ACAAGACUACGAUUACCCACUUAGUUCCGACUUUUCGGAUCAAGUACGUGCAUGUCGCGUUGUCGUCAGCGAAUACAUCGACCAUCGGUACUGCUAAGCUCAUCUCCCCUCUCUUCUCGGCGUGAUGAUCUAUCGUUAUUCGCAUUCAUGAGGAUAAUGCUGAUUUACCCAACCAACAAUUACAUUUCGGUGUCAGGCACGUUUAUCUUUUCUGGGUGAAAUGUAUUGAGUCCUACUCACUCAUUCCUAUUUAAACUUCCAAGAUGCCGAAGGUUUCAAAGAAGAGCACCUCGCAAGGGUCUAAAAUCACAGAUUUUCUGACAAACAAGACGGGCGUCGAUACGGGAGCGAAACGUUCAACUGAGGGAGCCAGCAAAUCAUGUCCGAAAAAGAUACCAACUGACAAGGGCAGAGUUGAUCCAAAAUUGACCAGCUCUUUUGCUCAACUACAAGAAACUCUAGAAAAUGUGUUUGGUUAUGCAUCCUUCAAAUCUGAGCUGCAGAAAAAGGGAACAGAAGAAGUAUUUAAAGGCAAAAAAGAUGUUUUUAUAUCUAUGCCAACGGGAGCUGGAAAGUCCCUCUGUUACCAAUUGCCAGCAGUAUGCAAGAAAGGCGUAACUCUUGUCAUCUCUCCUCUCAUCGCACUCAUAGAAGAUCAGUUGUCCCAUUUAGAUGAAAUCAACAUCAGAGCCGAAAGUCUCAACUCCAAGAUCCCUGCGGCCAAGAGAAAGAUGGUGAUCUCAGACCUUUGCAGCAAAAAACCAAAGAUCAGGAUGCUCUACAUCACCCCAGAAACAGCAGCAACCUCCACCUUCAAGACCAUCCUCAAGAACCUUGAUAACAAAGGGUUGUUCAGUGGCAUCGUAGUGGACGAAGCCCACUGCGUGUCACAGUGGGGCCACGACUUCCGACCUUGUUACCUCAAGCUGGGGGCACUCCACAAGGCGUACCCUACCGUUCCCUGUGUCGCUCUCACCGCAACGGCAACAGCGAAUGUCCGGAAGGAUAUCGUAAAUGAGUUGCAUCUGAGAACCCCCGUUGUCGAGUUCAGGGCGGGCUGUUUCCGAGAGAAUCUCUUCUAUGAUGUGAUUUACAAGGAUGUCCUGGAAGAUCCCUUGGGUCACCUCAAAGACUUUGGGCUGAAGCUGCUGCAGAAAGAUGAAACUCUUGGGGAUGCGUCGGGCUGUGGAAUCGUCUACUGCCGGACCAGGGAUGCCUGUGUCACAGUUGCAGGGAGCCUGAGCCGACAGGGACUGACGGCGCGGGCGUACCAUGGAGGAAUGAAGGCUGCAGACCGGACGUCGGUCCAGGAACAGUGGAUGAAUGGCAAGGUCAAGGUCAUCGUAGCAACCAUCAGCUUUGGAAUGGGUGUAGACAAGGCGACAGUGAGGUUUGUGGCACAUUACAACAUCCCCAAGUCUAUGGCUGGCUACUACCAGGAGUCGGGUCGAGCGGGACGUGACGGUAAACCGUCCCGAUGUCGUCUCUACUACUCUAGGCAGGAGAGAAAUCAAGUAGCUUUUCUCAUCACACAAGAAAUAGCAUGUGCAAAUAGCAAAAAGAGAAAGGCGAAGUAUUCGGCAUCACCCGUCAAGCCCAGCAAGGCUCCAAUGCAGAGUUUCGAGGCACUUGUCAAAUUUUGUGAGGAAGCAAAAUGCAGGCAUGAAUCCAUUGCCAAGUACUUUGAUGACAAGCUGCCCUCGUGUGGCAGUAUGUGUGACGUCUGCAAGACGCCGCAGGUCGUGAAGAAGCGCAUCGACGAGAUGCAACGUGGCAUAAUGGGUGGACCAGCGAAAAAAAAUCACAUGGGACGGACAUAUAUAGAGAAGAACCCCCUCAAUGUUCAUGAUGAUGAAUUGUACGGUGGUGGCCGCUAUGGUAGAGAUGUUACGUACGUUGGCACGAAGAGAAAGCCUGCAGACUGGUCCGACGAUGACGACUAUAACACAGAUGAAGAUGAUGAUGAUGACGGUAAUCGUUCUGGAAUGAGAGAUCUUGUGCAAGCGGAAUUCAGGAGGAGAAAAAAGAAGAAAAUAAAAGCAGAUACCCAACAGACAGAGGAAAUAGAUCCAAACUGUAAAUUGAAAAAUCCUCAAAGCUCCAAAGUUCCAGGACUUACUAUUAAGGUGAGAGAACAUUGUAUGCAGCUUCUUGAGAAGGCUUUGAGAGCAAACAUCAAUGCUGCCUUCUCUGACGAGUCAAAUGGUCUCACCUCCAAUGACUACAAAAUCCAAAGAUGUGCAAUAUCAGCUGAGUACUCAGCCAUGGAAGCAGCCAAGACAUGCAAUCUAUACAAGGCAAAAGUAUUUGGUCAGGUUGGAGAAAUUGGUAAGAAGACAAAAGAAGGCCGUCUGCAUGAUCUCUUUAUUUCUGUGACAGAUGAGGAGGACACAUUGAAGGAACCUCUGUCAUGCACGGCUCCAUCAAGCACUGCAUCCGAUGGCCCAAGGUUACCAGCGCUUCCCGGGUUCUGCACGGCGGCGUCUCUGCUUGCUGCCAGCGCACCCAAGAGAGGUGAAGACAACUCCAGACAGACGACUCUAAACUUUGGGCCACCUGCCAAGGGAAGUGGUCUUAGAAAGAAAGGGGAGGCCCAGACCAAGGUGAAAUCGUCAGGGGGAUUCGUGAAGGCAUCAGCUUUAGUGAUGUCGGAUGGACAGGUGAAGAAGAGGAAACGGGAGGGGAUGGAUGGUGGCUUAGCAGCUGAGGAGGAGGGGAUGGAAGGUCUGUGGAUUGGUGAUGCGGGAGCAGAAAGAACCCCUGAGGGUGUUGAAAUGGACGAUGUGGAGGGCUUUGAGGAUGGGGACUGCGAUGACAACCUAGGGUGCAGCUUCCUGGAGGGGGAGGAGUUUGACGUGGAGGAAUACGAUGCAGCUGAUGAAGACCUAGAAGAUAAUGAUUCGUUAGUGGACAGUAAAGUGGAGAGGAGUGACGGCAGAGACUCCACUAGGUUGCCAAUGAAAAAGAAAUGCAUGGAAACAAUCGCACAUAUGGAAGACUGUAGGACUAAGAAGCAAGGUGAACCAACACACCAUGACAACCUAAUAAGCAAGAUAUCUACUGUUCCUGAUGAACAUCCACACCUACAUGCUUCCGAAGCCACAAGGACAGGAGGACAAUCAAGUGAAGUGCAAUCGCUAGAAAAUGGGUUUGAUACUGGCAUUACAGGUAGAACAGGUACUACAGACAGCAACAUGACCAGAAGAAGUAGGGGCGCACUAUGCUCCCAAGAGGAUAUCCUUUCUGAAGACUGUACAAAAAACAAUACAUCAGCAUCAUUGACAUCAAAGAAUCUGGAUGUUGUCCAGAAAGAAGACAGUCUUUCUGUUCCAAGGAACAAUCCUAUAGUAGUGAAAGGGGCAGCAAUAAAAUCGGAAUCUGGUGGGUUGAUUGUUAAUCAGAAUGGAUUUGUAGGAUCUCAUGGAACAACAAGGGACAGCUGCAAAUCAGGCAAUGCAGCUGACUGCACUCCGGGAGUAGGUGAAGGCACAUCUUCUAGGGAGACAGAGAUCAAGUCGUCACUUUCCAUCAGAAGACUGAACCCUAUGGACAACAGCGCCCUCACAGGUAGUCCAAGAAAACAUGUGACCUUUGACCCCAAGGUUGAAGACAACGAGAGAGCAACGGGAGAGUCGUUGGAAGACAAACGCCAGGAGAACAAGAUGUCGCAAGGGCUCAAUAAGAUCGUUGCCGACGCUGUCGUGAAGUACCUCACUCCCCACUACAAAGAAGGCAAAAUUGCUUCCAAGCCUCUAUUCAAGUCUUUGGCAAGAUGUUUGUCACAUCAGCUGACUGACAAUAAGCUGGUCACCAAAGCUACAGUGAAGAAACACGCAAAAGGACUGGUUCGUGAUUACUUCAAGCACCAAGAGAAAUGCCUGACAGAAGAUGAUAUACCAACAGACUCGAUGACACAACCUACUUGACCUGAUCUAAAAAAAAGAUGUCCGACUCUGUCUGUAGAAUGUUUGGCCAGUCAAUAUAAGGUACUUUGAUUUGAAAUAAGGCGAGCUAUGUUGAUUGAUCCAUUAGUUAGAAUUCUUGCCACCAUAAUGACAAUAUUUUCGACCACUCCAGAUGAACUUCCAAAAUGAGUUAACAGGUACAUGUAAGCUCUUAACAGGCAUCAUGAGAUUUCUCUGUGGAUCCAUGGAUUUCCACUGAUUUUUUUUAAAACGGUCGUCAUUCUGCGACUUUGAAUUUUCUUCUUGGAGCGACGGGACGCAUUCCUGCAGAUUGAAAAUGAGGCACGCUGUGUAGUUGACUGGUCUGUUGGUUGAUAAGUGGGGAUGUUUUCAAUUCUUGUUUCCAUAUGGGCCCCUGCAUGUUAUUAUCUCCAUUCUCAAUAGUCGACAAGAAGACAGGAAGUCCUAUUUUGCAAGUCUUUGGUAUGACUCCGCUAGCAAUCGAACCCGUAACCGGAUGCUCUACCACUGAGUCCCAGAACCCACAAUUAGUAGCCAGGCAAGUUUCU